AUGAAAUGCAAUGGUGGCAGGCAUGUACAAGGAAUAUUAUGGGGACUUGAUCCCUUUAUGAAUCUUGUGAUGGAUGAAUGUGUGGAGAUGUCAACUAGUUGGCAGCAGAACAGUAUUGGAACGGUGGUAAUACAAGGAAAUAGUGUCAUCAUAUUAGAAACUUUGGAAUGA